AUGCUCCUCCCAUGUCAUCCAAACGCUGCUGCUUUUCCACCGUAUCCGCUCCAUCCGCUGCAUCCGUCCACCGCGCGGUCGCCCGAACAGCCACCGCCGGCGCGGUCGCCCGUGGCGGCGGUGGCCACCGCUGCGGCAGCGCGCGUGGCGCGGAGGGCGAGGGCGGCGGAUGCGAAGGAAGCUUUGGAAAGGUCCGCAGAGGCCUUGCGAAAGCUCCAACAGCAGUGGCUCGAGUUCGACAGCGGUGAUGACGAGUCUCAGCGGCUGAAAGAGCAGCUGACUGAGGAUGAGAAGAGGAUCCGAGAGGCCUUGAAGGAGUGUCCCUACGGCGACCCGGCUGAGACGUGGAUCCCGCAGCCCUGUGCACAUCCCCUCGUGGCGGCGCACGGCGAGGUGACCAAAGCCCUCAUCGAAGCCGAGCUCGCGCGACUGAGCUGCGAGACGUCUCUGGAGCCGCGUGCUGCGACGGCUGCGCAGCUGCGGCGGUCGGAGCUCCACUUGCGACUCUUCCAGGUGUCGCAGGCAGAAGAGUUGCUCCAACGCGCCCAUCCGCUCCUGGAGGGACAAGAGCGUUUCAUCGCGGAGGAGCUGCUGACGAACUGUUUCAUGUGCGAGUCCUUGAAGCGAAGACCCUCGAUGACUGGAGAGAUCGGAGCGGAGGAGGCCCGUUUGCUGGAAGACUUCGGCAGGAGGAUGAGAGAGUGCCAGUACGACCCCGCCACCGUGCUGCGCUGCACCGGCGCCACGUCCUUGAUCGACUUCAGCGACGACGCCCAGCUGCCGGGCUUCGCACAGCGCUGCUGGGAGCGGCAGCAGAGCGCGGAAGAAGAGGAUCGAGGAUUGGUGUACUUUAUCCAAGUCUUCCUCCUGCGAAGGCAAGAGCCUUUGGAGACGCUGUGUGAGUUGCUCGGUGAGGAAUGCUGCAAGCUACUGCUAGAGUUGCAAGUGGUCUCGUGCAUCCGUGAUCCCUACCACCUGCUGAGCAUCGAUGAUGCGGUUGCCGCAGUCAGUAGCGAUGCUUCGGGCAUCAGGUGCUUCAGCAACCUCCGCCUUUGGCCUAGAGAUGAUCUGCUAGUGGCCACCGAUGCCCAGACUUGGCCGGACCCGUCGGUGGGCUUUGAGCCGGUGAUGUAUUUGUCGGAUGAUUCCUUGGCGCUCUUGGCCGCGAAGCCCGAGGUCAAAGAAAAGAACCUCUUGGACCUUUGUUGCGGCAGCGGCGUUCAGGGCAUCGCUGCGCUGCAGCGUGGCGCGUCCUCGGUGACCUUCAGCGACGUCAAUCCGCGGGCGCUGCGCUUCGUGCGCUUCAACCUGGCCUUGAACGCUUUGAGCUCCAAGCAGUACAGGUGUUGUCUGGGAGAUGCUUACGCCCAAGUGGAAGGUGACAAGUUUGACGGCAUCUUGGCAAAUCCGCCCUUCUUGCCGAACCCGGACAACAUCGCCUCCCAAGCCGUGGCGCUCUACGGCAACGGCGGCGCCUUCGGGGAAGACGUGCUGCGGAAGAUCGUGGCGAAGGCUCCGGAGCAUCUGGUCCCAGGUGGAUGGCUGCUCAUGGUCACUUAUGCCCCGAACGCGGAAGAGAUGCCUCGCCGUUUGCAGAGGUACUUGACGGACAGGGCGGCUCUCAGCCUCCGCCUCCGGGUGGCCGCGGGGAACGAGCGAGAGGCCGAGGAGUUUCUACCCGUGGCCAGCGAAGUGGAAUCCUAUUUCUAUCCCAAGGCCUUGGACGAGGUCGGCGUGAAGACCUUGGCCGAAGCCUUGGUCUUCCUCCGCUGCGACGGCGACAGCCUCGGCCGCGACGGUGGCGCUUCGUUGGAGCUCCGCGAGGAGCUCUUUGCCGACGAGGACUACCUGCGGCAAUUUGGACGUCAAACGCAGCUGAAGCAAUGA